AUGAAAUUCACUGCUCCACUGGAUGAUUUAUUGUUUUGGGGAAAUUGGGCGGUUGAAAUCAAUAAUGAAUUAGCAGCGAAAGAAGAAGAGGAGCAGAAGAAGCUUCCAGAAGAUCCAACGUCUUCUGGAAGUUCUCAGAAUCCCAUAACGACGUCAUCUGCUGUCACGAAUUCAUCUGUAUUAUCUUCGAAUUUCAGAAACAAUCCACGUGUCGCUCUAAUGGAUCCACCAAUCACCACGGAUCGCUUCCAGAUGUGUAGACAAAACAAAUUCGUGCACUUCUGUAAUGAGCUAUCGGCUAGCUUGACUGAACUUGGAAUAAAAACUGCAAAUUCUAAAUUCGCGAAUUGGAAAUGUGGUUACUGUAGUUCGGAAAUGGAUACGGUAGUUUGUAAUACACAAUUCGACGCUUUCAACCAUGUUUUGAAACAGAAACAUAAGGAAAAAAUGAAAUUCACCGCUCCCGAAUUGGACUUCAAAUUCUGGUGUGAUUGGGUGGAUGAGAUGAAUUCGGGUGCUUCUGAAUCGACGUCUACAGUAAUCCAAAAUCUUCCAGAACUGCAAAAAUCCAAGUCAUCGGAGCGUCAAAAAGUUGCCGCAAUUCCAGAAAGUUCCAACGAACCACGAGUUCCAUUACUUGCUCCAAUGCCGAAAAAUGAGAAUACGGUUCCCAAAAAGCAAUUCAACGAAAUGCUUGACGAGUGUGCAAAAAUGUUCCAAACACACAAAAAACGAUUGUCUGCCGCCAAGAAUGUUCCAGCAUUUGUUGCCUGUACGUACUGUAGCAAACCAGAUGCGAAACCAUUGGCACCCAGCAAUGUGCAGGAUCAAUUAUUGCACAUUUUGAAAUUGACACAUCGGGAGAAUAUUCUUGAAUUUUUCAAAUUAUCAAAUUUCGGAAUUUUCAAUUUUGGGAUCUUUCUGAUUUUUAAGAAUUUUUAG